AAGGUAAGGGGAGUUGGUGGGGGCAUAUUAAAAUUUGGUAGUCUGAGAGAUGAAAGAUGAUGAAUUUGUGGCAUAACAAAAGCAAUAGCUGGCAACUACAACAUGCAGGCCCAGCUCCAGCAGUACACCAAAUUCAAUUCUUUUCCCCUUUCUCUAACACCCUUUUUUUCUUCCUUCUCUCUCCCUUCUCUUUCUUCUUCUUCUUCUUGAACAUGCACAAUUUUACUCACCAUUGCCGCAUGAACCAUUAGCCUUUAUCCUACCUGCAACAAACACAGCAAUGAGUGCCUCCAGGUUCAUCAAGUGUGUCACCGUUGGGGACGGUGCCGUCGGCAAGACUUGCAUGCUUAUCUCCUACACCAGCAACACUUUCCCUACGGACUAUGUGCCGACUGUCUUUGACAAUUUCAGUGCAAAUGUAGUGGUGGAUGGAAGCACUGUGAAUCUUGGGUUGUGGGAUACUGCUGGCCAAGAAGAUUACAAUAGAUUGAGACCUUUAAGCUAUCGUGGAGCAGAUGUUUUCCUGCUUGCUUUCUCUCUCAUAAGCAGGGCAAGCUAUGAAAAUGUUGCCAAAAAGUGGAUUCCUGAGUUGAGGCAUUAUGCUCCUGGUGUUCCAAUUAUUCUUGUUGGAACAAAACUUGAUCUUCGGGAUGAUAAACAGUUCUUCCAAGAUCAUCCUAGCGCAGUGCCUAUCACCACAGCACAGGGUGAGGAACUGAGAAAGCUCAUUGGUGCUCCAGUUUAUAUUGAAUGUAGUUCAAAAACACAACAGAAUGUGAAGGCUGUUUUUGAUGCGGCCAUCAAGGUAGUUCUCCAGCCCCCAAAGCAGAAGAAAAAGAAGAGAAAGGGGCAAAAAGCCUGUUCCAUCUUGUGAUCUUCAAGCCUUAAUAUAGUAGUUUGCGGAGGAUGACAUGACUUUAGUCUUUGCCAUUCUAUAUCUUAUACUAUUUCCAACCUAGAUGAAGGAAUCACCACGUCCAACUGACCAAAUCAAGGUUCGCUCAAAAAGCAUCAAGCUAUUUGUCUAAUUCUCUCUGGCUGUAGGAUCUGUACAGUCAUAAUUUCCAGUAUGUUUGGCGUGCGCACAGCACUUACGUUUCAAUUGGCUGUUUUCCUGUUGUAUUGAUUGUUAUUAGAUGGACAUUUCCAGCAGUGGAAUUCAUGUUGUAAUCUAAUCUAGAAGGUGCUUGCAUGCAUAUGUGGCAUUGAAUAUGAACUAAGUAUAUGUAAUUAAUUAUGUUAGCUGCCUUAACAGCUUGGAUAUAGUUGGUUUGAUCAAGGUUUCAUUCUUCCAUUUGUUUGUUCC